CAUGAACUGCAGCCUGCCAGACAGAGCGCUGCUCGGCUACGCAAUGGAUGGACAGCAGGACAGGUUGUGCCUUCAGUCUCUUUGGGACUUUGUCACAGCAAAGGAGCCAUUAAUCAAGUCACCGUUUUUCCCAGUGCUGUUUUCUUUUACAGCAUACAUAGCUUUCUGUCUUCCAUACGUUGCACUGGACUUUUUAAGCACUAGACUACCAGAGUUGAGAAAAUACAAAAUCCAGCCGCAGAACUAUCCAACUCUUGGAAUGAUGGUGCCUUGCAUUAUUCAAAGUGUGUAUCACCAUGUUGUUUUGAUCUUCCCGGUGACAUUUCUCCACUGGUACUGGAGACCAAUGAAUCUACCAGUGAUAGCUCCAGAACUGCCUGAGGUCCUGCUGGAAGUAGGAGUUUGCCUGCUUCUGUUUGAUUUUGAGUAUUUCCUGUGGCAUUUGCUUCAUCACAGGGUGCCUUGGCUCUACAAGACCUUCCACAAGGUGCAUCACAAGCAUGUGUCAACUUUUGCUCUUACUACACAGUAUUCCAGUGUAUGGGAAUUGCUCUCACUGGGAUUUUUUGCUGCUAUCAACCCAGUGCUCCUUGGAUGCCAUCCUUUAACAGAAAUUAUUUUCUUCCUUGUAAAUAUUUGGUUGUCAGUGGAGGACCAUUCAGGAUACGACCUUCCGUGGUCAACUCACCGACUUGUGCCUUUUGGUUUGUACGGAGGAGCACCACAUCAUGAUCUCCAUCAUCUGAAAUUCAAAUCAAACUAUGCUCCUUAUUUCACUCACUGGGACAAACUCUUCGGGACAUUCACAGAGUCACAUUCUAAUUAAGGAUAUUUACCUGUGGAUGAACUCUUAUUUUUUUUUUUAUAGACUAAACUGGGACAUUAAUGUUUCAAAGACAUACAGAAGAUUGUAGAUUUGAAGCUGCCUAUAAAAGCAAUAGCUAUUUAUAACAAAGCCUCUUAAUAUAUGUGUAUUUUUAUGUGUACUUGGAACUGCCUAUGUUAAAUGCGACUGCAAAUGGGGGGGUAAAUAUCAGUUGCUUAAAUUUGUUUGAGUCAAAGGUGCAAGGGAAGCAUUAAGAGACAUUCUCUCUUCUUUCCUUCUUUCCAGCUUUCAUAAAGCAAGUAUUGUAUUACUGUAUGAUGUUUUAUACAUACGCCAGAACAAUUAUCUUACUGUUGUAGGAUGAUUUAUGAUGUAAACAGAAAAGGUACACAUCAUGGAUUUUGUGGAGUUUAAUCUGCCAGAGCAUAUUAUUGCACAAUGGUGUUGUAAAAUAUUGCUGCCAAACAAAGCUAGUUGGCUAACUGUGCAAUAAUUUUGAUAUUUAUAUUUUAAACCUUGGUGUACUGUCUGUUUUUAAUAGAAAAUAAAUAUGGUCAUUCUUU